CUCCGCGGAGCUUGCCUGCGGCUCGGACAUCCCCCGAUCUUCCCGGGAGCUGGAGCCGCUGUAGGGAACAGUUCUCAGGGUAACCAGCCAUGAUUGCCACUGGAGGCCUCUUGAGAAUCUCAGCCAGGAAACAGGAUCCCUUGCGGCCUCAGAACCAAGUCCCCAAGCGCAAGCGCAAAGCCAAAAAGAAGCGCAAGAAUGAUGUGGUGGUGGUGAAAGGCAAGCUCAAACUUUGCUCCGUCUCUGGCCUUGUCGCUCUCUGUGGCAUCUUGGUGCUGCUGGUGGGAAUUGCCUUGGCAGUCGUGGGCUACUGGCCCAAGCCUCUUUACCGGGCAGGGAGCAUUGGCAACAAGGCAGUUUUGGCACCACACGGGAGCACUACCAAAAGUCACUCCCAGAACCAGACCGAAGAUCCAGGACAGACUCUCCUGGUAGGCUCAGCAACCAAUUCUUCAUCCACCAGUAGCAAGAAGGGCCUCCUCCCAUCCUUAUCUGCCUCUCCACCCUCCUCCACAGGCUUCCUCUUCCAGCUUUUCUCAAGGUAUUUGCAUUCGGACAAGCUCAAGGUGCUUGGGCCCCUCAUCAUGGGCAUCGGCAUCUUUCUCUUCAUUUGUGCCAAUGCUGUGCUGCAUGAGAAUCGGGACAAGAAGACCAAGAUUAUCAAUCUUAGGGACCUCUACUCCACAGUAAUCGAUGCACACAGCCUUCGGACCAAGGAUGGGGCCUCCUCAGCUACUGUUGCCCCUGUUCCCAUCAAUGGCUUUGUUAACUAUGUACAGUCCCGAGGACUAGAGCUGAAACCUGGUGGCAGCUCCGGGGAAGCCAAAGGAACUGCUGCCAUGCUGGCCAAGAGCACCUGGCAUCCCUCCGUGAGCAGUCCCCUCUCCCCUCCUGACUUGGCUUCGUCACCACGCUGCUCCUCCCCACUCUCUUCCAGGCUGCAGCAGCCACCCAGUUUGGCAGAGGCUGUGUACAGCAUCUAUCGGGAGAGGGCUGCCUUGGCCAGGACUGCACGUAGCCCACCUGGGAGCCCCCCAGAUGGCUGGGACCAACACAGCACGGCCAGCUCCAUUGUGGGUUCCUCACUCAGCACAUUCACCCUGCUGCCCAUGACUCAAGGGGAGGCAGCAGAUAGAGACCGGGAUGGCUGGCGGAGACCCCUGGGGGAACGAGGGUCCCGGGAAAUCCCACGGGGAGAGUUUGAACUCAGCCUGAAAGAUCUUAGGAGCAGCUAUGCAGACACAGGGCAAGGACAUACAAUGCUGCCCAGGACAGGCAAGCGCAAGCUGGUUCUUAGGCGCCAGAGCACAAGCUGCCUGCCCGAUGCCAGGAGAUCCCUCUCACCAGAACCUUCUCAGACUUUGGGUAGCAGCACAGACCUAGACUCCAGCCUUUUAGUGAAAGCUUCAUCUUGCAGCUACCCCAAAUCCUUAGAUUUGGGGGAUUCUCCUCCAAUGCCAUCUGCAGAUAGGAGAGAUUCCCAGGUCUCCCAGAGUGACCAGUACAGAAGCAAUAAGGGCUACACCCCGCUGGAAGAGACAGGCACCUCCCUGGAAUCAGUUGCCAACACUCCGACCCACAAAGUCCAGGACUGUAAUGCGAACCCUGCUGGGGAAACAAGCCCCUCAGAGGAUGCCAGCAAAGAACAAACUGAGCAGCUGCCUUUGAAAAUUCAAAGACAGUAUACAAAUAAAGAGAAACUUUUCAUGAUCUCCAGAUCAGAUGCCACUAUCAGGCUGGAGGAAGGAGAUCCAGAAAACGCUGGCAUUUGA